AUGGCUAAUGAGUGUCGGAACAUAAGUGGUACACAACAACUAUCUAUAGUCAUUCGAUUUGUUCGCAAUCUAAGUAAUCGUACAAUUAAUAGUUCAAACGUCGUGGAAGAAUAUUUACUUGGCUUUGUUCCAUUACAAGAAUUUGAUGCUGUAACAUUAGCAAAUAAAAUUGUUGAAUUUUCUGAAGGAUCGUCUUUAGAUUAUGUACGUGGUGAAAGUCUUAUAAUAUCUGUUAUGCAACAGAUAAAGGAUCUUCGCAAUGAACUAUCAUUUUAUCAAAUUUAUGAUAAAGCAAAAGAAUUUUGUAGUGUAAAUUAUAUCGACUUUAUACAACAUUAUCAAUCACAUCGUAAAACAACAAUUCCAGCUAAAUUUCAAGAAUUUUUGAUCAAUUCAACAGUUGGACAACUGUGA